AUGGCAGAGGGGCAUCGCCGGCACACGACGGCAUAUACCACAUUGGUGGAUGCGCAGGUGAACGAGCCCCCGACAGCGCGGCUGAUGUUAUUAGGCCCUGUGAUGGUGUCCCCCGAACAGACACGUCAGCUCUGUCCUGUUGUCUCCUCCCUCUCUGCCGGCCCUACAGCGACUGCACAAAAGGCCACGCUGACCCUUAACCCUCCAUGGAGCACAGUGUUUACGGGGCAGAGCGUUACUCUGACGUGCAGCACAUCCCGCUCUCCUGGACGGAAUUUCUCAUGGUAUCACAACAACAAGUCAUUCAGAAACACAGUAAAAAACAGCUUCAGAAUUGAAAAGACAAAGAUGAGUGAUGCAGGUAGAUACCAGUGCAAGGCUCCUGGCUCCGGGCAAAGCGACCCCGUUCUGCUGACCAUUUCUGAAAAGUGGCUGAUUCUCCAGGCCCCUUACUAUGCUGUGUUCGAAGGGGACCCGCUGCACCUGAGGUGCUACGGAUGGAAGGGAGCAGAGGUAUCUGGGAUAAAAUAUUACAGAAAUGAAGCAUACAUUACUCCACCCUAUGUGAACUCAGAGCUGUCCAUCAAACAAGCAAAGACAAGUGACAGUGGCAAAUAUCACUGCACAGGAUCAAUGAAAACUAUAUUCAUGAUUUCUGAAAAAAUUUCUCCUGUGGUGUCUAUUUCUGUCCAAGAGCUGUUUUCGUCUCCGGUGCUGAGGGCAGCAGGCUCAGGUGACCCCAUAGAAGGAAGCCCGGUGACCCUGAGGUGUGUCACAGAGCUCAACCCCCAGAAAUCGGACACAUUGCUUCAGAGAUUCUUCUACAAAGACAGCAGGGACUUGGGAGGAUCUAGGAGCUCCAUUGACUACCACAUCCCAGUGGCAGGGCUACAGGACUCAGGAUAUUACCAUUGUGUGGUGCGGACGGUGACCGCAAGUGUAUGGAAAUGGAGUCCCAAGUUAAAGAUUGCUGUUAAACGAAUCCCAGUGUCCCGAGUCUCCAUGGAGGUCCAGCCCCUCGGGGGGCAGGUGAUGGAAGGGGAGCGGCUGGUGCUGAACUGCUCUGUGUCUCUGGGCACGGGGCCAAUCACCUUCUCCUGGCACCGGAAGGGCUCCAGUCAGGCUCUGAGGACAGAGACUCAGGUCUCACAGAGGCUGGUCUAUGAGAUCCCUGCAGCCACGGAGACCGACACGGGGGAGUAUUACUGCAUGGCCUCCAACGGCAAUGCCCCAGCACCAAGCCCAGGGGUGAAAGUUGCUGUGAAGGUUCCAGUGUCCCUGCCUCACCUGACCGUCAGCGCGGCCAGUGCCUGGGCCGCCAUCGGGGACGUGGUGGAGAUCCGGUGCGAGUCACCCCGCGGCUCGGCCCCCAUCGUCUAUCAGUUUCAUCACGAGGGGGCUGCUCUGGGGAACAGGACGGUCAGUUCCCAAGGGCCGGGAUCCCUCGCUCUGAAUGUGACGUCUGAGCGGGAUUCUGGGACCUACUUCUGCGAGGCUGAUAAUGGCAUGGCCAGUGGCCCCCAGCGCAGCGCCUCCUUCCACCUCUCUGUGCUCGUGCCCGUGUCCGGGGCCACCAUCAUCGCGGAUCGCAUGGGGCCAGAGGUCAUGGCUGGAGAAAGCCUGAAUCUCAGCUGCUCGGUGGAGUCCGGCACCGCCCCCCUGUUCAAGUGGCUUCACAACGCUGAGGAGCUGGCUGCAGUCUCGGGGCUUGGCCUGCCCACGGCUGUGGGGAACACGCUGCAUUUCGGGUCUAUACAGCUGGGCCAUGGAGGGAAUUACCAGUGCAUUGCCAGCAACCAGCUCAGCCCCCAGAGAGUCUUCCAGGCCCCCAGCGAGAUCCUGGCCAUCGCCGUGAAAGAGCACGCAAGCCCCCGGGUGGCUGUGCCUGUGACUGUCUCCUUCCUGUUCCUGAUGGGUGUCGCUGCGGCUCUGGUGUUCUACUUCAAGUGCUGGAAGAAAGCAGAAGGAAUGGUUUUCAAUGCCCCGGAGAGGGACACACGGCUCCCAGCCCAGCAUGAACCCCCUGGCCAGGGGCUUCCUCCACUGGGGAGCUUGGGCCUCCAUGCUGAGGAGCCAUCUUACGGCAAUGUGUGUCCCCUGGAGCCGGAGAGUGGAGAUGUGGAGUAUACAGUUGUCAACAUCAAGAAAAGAAGUGUGGAUAAACCCAAGGGAAUUCUGUCAAGGGACAACGAGGAAUACUAUGUCAGCUACUCUGUGCUUGCGGACCCCAAGCCCACCUGGGAGUCAGCCGCAGGAGUGAGGUCUCCAGAAGGGGGAUCCCUACCCGCCAAUGACAUUUAUGAAAAUGUUCCCCACCUGUGACCUGCGAGAGACCCCAGCCCAUCCCCUGGCCCAGCCUCGGGGAGCCUGACUGCCUCGUUAACCCUUCACUCCCCUGCUUGGCAUGUAGGGCAUGGAAUGAAGCUUGUCCCUGGCUGAUGCCCUCUGCAUUGGGACUGACAAGCCAGAGCAGAGAAGGAGGAAAAUGCUCUGGGUCUGCCUAGUGCUGCUGCUGCCUAGUGAGGCGUCGCGACCAGAUGAUUUGCUGAGGGGCCCGGGCAGCAGCCCUGAUCUCUGUUAAUUCCUAUGAUG